AUGCCAUCCAAAACCUUCGCUACCUCCGGUAUGGAUCUCGUGGGCCAUUCCAUCGACAACGGGAGACUGCGCUUCAUAGCUGUGCUGGGCGUCGGAGCGUACGGUGUCGUUUACCUCGCUCUUGACGAGUUCACCCACGAGUACCUUGCCGUCAAGUGUCUUCUCCGAGCUGGCCUCGAUGAACGACAGAGGCACUUUCAGCGAAGAGAAAUUGCUCUGCAUCAACUGGCGAGCGGUCAUUCAAAUAUCGUCACUCUUCAUCGAGUGAUAGAAGAAGGAGAGUAUGUCUUUGUCGUGAUGGACUUUUGCGAUGAAGGAGACCUCUUUGGAAUGAUCACAGAAAAACAACGUUAUCUGGGGAACGAUGCUCUGAUCAGAAAGAUCUUUCUUCAAAUAAUCAGCGCGGUUGAAUAUUGUCACUCAAUGGGCAUCUAUCAUCGAGACCUCAAGCCCGAGAACAUCCUCUGUUUACGAGGGGGAGAAAAGAUAUGCUUGGCAGACUUUGGACUAGCGACGUCCGAGAAGAUGUCGACGGACUUUGGAUGCGGCUCCACCUUCUACCUCUCCCCUGAAUGCCAAGGUGGUCUCUUCGAACGGCUAGAGUCAUAUUCAACAGAGACGACCGAUGUCUGGUCAUUAGGUGUCAUUCUCGUCAAUUUGACCUGUGGCAGGAAUCCUUGGCGGCAAGCCUGUCCGUCUGACGAAACAUUUCGCGCCUACGUUCACAACCAUGACGUCCUGCGAACCAUCCUCCCCAUCUCUGUCGAAACCAACAACAUUCUCAAAGGGCUGUUUGCUCUGGAGCCCGAAGAUAGGAUCAGCUUGAGGGAGCUAAAGAAGAUGGUCAUGAACGUGGAGAGGUUCACCAUGACGGACGAAGAGUUGAGGACUGCCCAUACUGCGGCGAGGCAAGCGGCGGCGGUUGUGCGUCAACCCCCGCCGACGCCAAGUGGUCAAGAGAUUGCGUCCGUGGAAGAUGCUCUGCCGCCCAAGGUCUCGCUCAUCUCCCCCAUCGACGAGGUGGACGAAAUCGAUGACGAGGCCCUGGAUACUUUUGCUCAAGGGCACGACAAUGCCAGAAUACGAGCUUUCGAGCAAUCCGACUACCGCUCUUCUAUAUCUGAAUCCUCUCCUCCUUCUCCCACCUGGUCGACCAUGUCUGCCGCCUCAUCAUUAUCAUCAGACAUGGAUGAUGGAGAAGUUUUCGCGCCGCUCGAAUCUGCCACAUAUGACCCCAACUCCCGAGCUCCGCGUGUCAUGGACAUGUCUACCCCUCAGCUCCUCGAUGGUAACGACUCGUUCGACCUUUUGACUUCACGGUCAAACUCGAGUGAUGGGUCCAUGUUAUUCACACCCGGUGUUUGGGAUUUCAAAGUCGACGUCUCCGGGCUCGCCAAUAACGAUUUUAUUGAUUAUGCUAGGUGCGAACAAAGCUUGAAGGGUGCAAAAGAUGGGUUUUUGCUGCAUCAGCAGGUAGAGGGCCCGGAGGACAUGGGCGCUUGUCAUGUCGGCGGCCCUUCUCCUUCAAAUCGCGCCAGACUUUUCGCGUAA